AAAACAUUAACAUAUUUAACUAAUUUCGGAUAUCUUCGGAUCCUAAUUUGGGUUUCGGUUCGGUUCGGGUUAUAACCAAAGUCCAAAGUAGUAAGCUCAUAAGUUCCAUUCGGAUAUUUUUGUAAAACAGUUCGGAAUUGGUGUCAAUUUUUCGGAUUUAAGUUAAGAUCGGUACUUCAGAUUGAGUUAAAAACGUCCAAACCUACUUCUAAUUGUGUUUCAAAAAAAAGUGUUUCAAAAAAAAAAAGGUCAAGUCUUCUAAUUACGUCACAAGAGAAAAGAAAAAACUCAAAAACUCUUACACGAAAUGGAGGCGACGAUAGGAAAGGUUUUCGAUUCCGUCUCUACCUUCUUCUCCGGCGUUGCUUCCGGCUCCUCCGAUGAGUUCCCCUUGUGCGACACCGACAUCAUCUCGGGAUGUGAGAAAGAGCUUGCGGAAGCUCAGAAAGGCCAAGACGAAGGGUUUAAGAAGGAAUCCAUCAUGCGAUUAUCAUGGGCUCUUGUUCAUUCGAAGAUGCCUGCGGAUAUACAGCGUGGGAUAGCUAUGCUUGAAGGUUCGGUGGUUAGUGAUACAAGUCCAGUGACACUAAGGGAGAAGCUAUAUCUCCUUGCUAUUGGAUACUAUCGAAGCGGUGACUUUUCAAGAAGCAGGGAUUAUAUAGAACGGUGUUUGGAGGUGGAACCAGAGUGGAGACAGGCUCAGACGCUAAAAACGGCUAUAGAGGACCGUAUUGUGAAAGAUGGUGUUAUUGGCGUUGGAAUCGCUGUUACUGCUGUUGGGAUUGUUGCUGGUAUUGCUGCAGCAUUGGUACGCAGAGGCUGAGAAGGAAAGAAACCCGUACAUGUGCAUGUUUCCCUGAUCUUCAGUGAGUUUGUUUAGUUUCUUUUGUGAGCUUGGAAGAAUGUUUUUAUUAAAGGGCUUGGCUUGGAAGAAUGUUUUUAUUUAUGGAAAACAAAUAAGUUGUAAUUCCAAUCUUAUUGUGAAUAGCUAAACAGUAUUACUGAGUUGACGAAGCAUCAUCAAACAGAUACUUUUAUUA